CAAUGGCGGGAAAAGGCUAGACUUUAUUUGGUGCCGCGGUGAAUUUCGAUCUUGCCGAUGUGGUGAAACCGCUGGCAGUCAGCUUUGUUUUUUUGUUUCUUUAUUGUUUUUAUGUAGUUUGUUUCGCCAACAUGUUGAGCUUAAAGUGCGUGAUAUGCACCGAUUCCCUUGGAGAGACCGACAAGGUGUUUACCACCCCUUGUGGACACAUGUUCCACCACAGGUGCCUCAAACAAUGGCUCGACCGAUCGAAUACCUGUCCCCAGUGCCGUAGUAACUGCUCAAACCGCAGUAUAUUUAGGGUCUACUUCCACGAGGCCAACUCGGAUGUGAGUCGCAUAGACCUGAGUUCCCUGCAGAGGCAGCUGGAUAACGUCAAGGUGUCCAUGACCAUGAUAGACAAGAAGCGCAGCGAGGACGAGCGGCAGCUGUGGAGUCUGAAGGAGGUGCAAAAGAAGCACCUCAAAACCAUAGCUGGUCUGGAGCAGAAGGUGCAGGAGAAAGUGUUCCUUGUCAACAAAUAUGCCGAGCAGAUCAGCAUCCUCAAGAGCGACGCGCGUGUAAUAGAUGACUUGCGCAAGGAGAACUCGACCCUGAAGGCUCUUGUGCAGACCUUAAUAAACGAGAAUAUGAAACUUAAAAACUUGGGCAAAUGGGUGCAAAAAGAUUUGCGAAAUGAGGUCGAGCUUAAGCGCAAGUUACAGGAGCGUGUUUCCCACCUGGAGAACGAUCUUUACCAGGCACAAAAGAAGCUUCAGUCUCCAGGGACCGAUUCCGUUUCUUUAAACUCUCCCAAUGCCUAUGACGAUCUAAAUGAUAAUAGUCUGGACCCUAAGCAGGCGAUAAACCGAACCAACAUACAUUUUGCACAAUUAUUUUUCCUGUAAAACUUAAAAAAAAUAAUAAAGUAUUUUCGUCUUGUACCACGUAAAA